AUGUUCGCGAGACGCGCGACGAGGGGCGAGUCCCCCGUCGCGGGCGUCGACGACGACCUCGGCGGCUCCCCGCGGCAGAUCGCGAGCGGAGGCCUCGGAGGCGUCCUCGCGGAUGAGACGGCUUCUUCGUCGGGUCCGGGUCCGUCGUCGGUCCGCGCCGCUCCUCCCGCGGCGACCGCCUCCCCGGACCGACGGACGCCCCUCAACUUCGUGAUAUGCGUCGGCGGCGUCAUCGCGUCCCUCUCCGCGUACGGCGUCCUCCAAGAGCGCCUCAUGACGCAGCCGUACGACGGCGAGAACGGCCCCGAGACGUUCACGCACAGCGUCUUCCUCGUGCUCGUCAAUCGCGUCGCGACUGUCGUCGUCGCGGGUUGCGGGCUCGCGCUCACGGGGGGGUCGUUCGCGGCGGGUUCGCGCCAACUCCUCGUCGCGUACGCGGUCGUCGCGUGCAGCAACUGGACGACGACGGUGUGCCAGUACGAGGUGUUGAAGUACCUCUCGUUCGCGGCGUCGACGCUGACGAAGUGCGCGAAGAUCCUUCCCGUGAUGGCGUGGGGGCGCGUGGUGUUACGGAAGAGGUACGGCUCCGCCGACGUCGCGGUCGCCGUCGCGGUGACGUUCGGGUGCUUCUUGUUCGCGAUGGACCGAGGCGUGCUGAGGACGUCGCCGACCGUCGGCGGCGCGACGAAGAAACACGACGACGCGUUCGCCGCGUUCGACGACGGGAACGGCGGAAAGGGAAACCGCCGCGGCGGCGGCGCGAGAGAAGACGUCGUCGUCAAAGCGGCCGACGCGCACGAGUCCGCGAAGGCGAUCGCCAAGGCGCGUCGCGCGAAGACGCGAGCGGCGGCGGCAGCCUCCGCCGCCGCGAUCGCCGCGUCCGGCGCGGCGAGCGCGAAAGACGACGAGAUGAUCGUCACCGGCGCGGUCAUCAUGCUCGUCUAUCUCGCGUGCGACGGGUUCACGUCCACGACGCAGCAGUGGCUGUUCCGCCGGCACGCCACGCCCGUGCUGUCGCAGAUUUUUUUCACGACGUGCUUCGCGUGCGUCUUUUCGUUCGCGUGGCUCUCGUCCACGUCGCAGCUCGGCGAGGCGAUCGGGUUCGUGACGAGGCACCCGCGGGCGCUGCAGGACGUCUUCGUGUUGGCCGUCUCGGCGUGCGCGGCGCAGUUUGCGAUAAAUUACACCAUCUACUGCUUUGGUGCGGUGACGCUCGCGUCGGUGAUGACGUUUCGGCAGUUUCUCGCGGUGGUGCUGUCGUGCUUCGCGUUCGGGACGCCGCUCACGGGCGCGCAGUGGUUCGCGCUCGUGCUCAUCCUCGCGCCGGUGAUGAAGCGGAUAGAUUCAGGCGCGAUCGGGAGGUACUUCGCGCCGGAGAGCGACGGCGGGGGCACGAAGAGGGAGAAGGACGUCGAGGGAGGAAGGGGGGCGUCUUGGAGCGCUCCCAGGGCUUUCUUUAGAUGA